GAAAGCUGCUAGAAUGGAAUUCUGGAUUCUUUGUCUACUCUUCUUUGCUCCCUUGUUGGCUCUCAUUCUUAGAGCCAUCUAUUUAAUUUGCCUAAUAUUUACAACCGAGUCCAGAUUGGAGAGUGAAUCUUCACUGCGAACUGUGCUAUGUAUUGGCUCUGGUGGACAUACAACUGAAUUACUGAGAAUUGUUAAAAACUUAGAUCAUGAGAAAUAUCAGCCACGAAUGUACAUUUUGGCUGAAAACGACGUCAGCAGUGAGGUCAAAAUACACAAGUCUGAACACGGAACAACACAGUAUGCAUUAACAAGGAUUCCUCGGAGCAGAAAUGUGAACCAAUCUUAUUUGUCAUCAGUUGGCACCACACUUUAUUCAACUUUACAAGCAAUACCAAUUGUGUACAAUUUUAAACCUGAUAUUAUAUUCUGUAAUGGUCCUGGUACUUGUGUGCCAAUUUGUAUUGUUGCUUUCAUGUUGAGAUGCUUGUUCCUCAUCAAUUGCAGAAUUGUUUUCAUUGAAAGUAUUUGUAGAGUAAGAACUUUAUCACUAACUGGAAAGAUUCUUCAAUACUUUGCAGAUAUUAUUGUGGUGCAGUGGCCACAGCUAAGGGAUUCAUGUUUUAGAGCUAAAUACUUUGGUAGGCUGACAUAAAUAAUACAGGAUAGCAACACAGAACUGUUUUUUUUUAUUUAUACCAGGGAGAUCGGUUAUAAUAACAUUUUAAGAAAAAAUUAGAGAAAAACAUACAUCAUAAAUGAAGUGCUAGUGACGUAACUGCACUGGGACUGUAUGCUACAUACAUCCAUUAAACAGAGCUAAAUGUAUGUUUGUUUCUAAAUCACAUUUGAUCUGGAUACAUACACAAUAGAUUCAUAGCUUUAUGCUUUUCUUUGUAAUUCUUAUAUAAAAAAAACAACUAUAACGCAAACAAUGUAUUAGAAAGAUGCAACAGAUAU